AAAGCAUCAAUGACAAGAGAAAGAGCUUCCUCCUUCCUCGCAGAUUCUUGUCACGGUCCUUGGAGUUGUAUUCUCCAGCAAAAACCCUAAACCUAAACUAAAACUCCGCUUUUUUCUUCCAUGGGGUUGUUUUGUUGAUUAUAAAUAAAGAAUAAAUAAAAAACCAGUCACUCACACUUCAGAUUUUUUUUAACUUUCCUAGAAAGUGAAAAAUGAUUUUCAGAAAUUAACCAAAAAAAUUAGAAAAUAAGGAAAUUUGAAGCCACUUCAUUGAUAGCUAGCAAACAUCAAGCUGCUUCAGAAUGAUUGAUGGUUGUGAUCAUGAUGCAGCAGCAGACUUCUGCAGCACCUCCGUCGCACUCAAUCACUACUCCCCCUUCCUCCACCACCACCACCACCCCCACCGCCAUUAGAUCACCCACGGCAACCCCUACACACUCCCAGCAGCACCCCUCGCCUCUCCACCGCCAUGCUCUUCCUGUCCCGCCGCCUCCUCUCGACCACGUGCUGCCGAUUGCGGCCGCCCACCCGUCCGGCGAGCCUGCGCCGACAAUUCAGUGCCAGCUCGCGAGGGUCCGGCUCUCAGAUAUUGCCCCGUACCACGGGGCACCCGGUGGGUCGUAUGUGAGGGCGGUGGAGGCGCUCUCGGGGUCUCUGACGAGGCACAAUGCGGCUGUCAUCGAAUUGGGGAGCGAAGACACGGCGCUCCUGCGGUGCGGCUUGGAAGCCUCGAGGUUGUAUUUUAGGAGCAGAGCUCAGCUCGGUGCUGGGAAAGGAAGCCGUGGAGUUCACAUGUACAGAGCUGGGAGGGCUUUGGAAGAUUGGGACUCAUCCCCACCGUGCAUGGCGGAUAUUUUUAGGUGCAUGGGCAAGGCGGCCCAUGUGGCUUUGUGUGCAGUAGCUAGGCAUCUUCGUUUGCGAAGCGAUGUUUUCAACCAUUUGCUUGACGAUACUCCAUUGCCCACUAAUGAGGUGUCGUCGUCAAUUCUGGUUGCAACAUACUCAAAUGCUUCCUUGCAAAAUGGAAAAGGUGCUAUUGGGGGAGGGAAGCCAGGAAUGAAUGCUGAAGUUGAGAAGGGAUUAUUAACGUUGGUUUCCUCAGAUAGUCCUGGUAUACAGGUAUGUGACCCCAAUGGUCGUUGGUACCUAGCAGAUGGUGGGUCAGCUGCUGGGGAUCUUUUACUACUUACAGGUAAGGCACUCAGCCAUGCUACUGCUGGCCUCCGCCCAGCUGCACCGUAUAAAGCUGCUCCCGAUUACUCUUCAGGCAUUAGUAGUGGUGGGAGGACAUCGCUUGCAUUUAGGCUCAUGCCACAAGGUAACGCUAUAUUAGAUUGUUCUCCAGUUGCAGCAGCUGGUCAUGUUAUUCCCCACAGCUAUGUCCCAAUAUCUGUAAGCCAGUUUAUGGAUGAUCUUUCUGCUGAGGAAGAUGUAUUGGGCAGUCGUUCUGAUAACACUUAUGUAAGUUUUAGCUUCAAGUAGCUGAUGCACAGCAAGCCC